GGCCGUCCCUCCGUGCCGGAGCCGGGCUGGCCGCAGCGGGAGGGGCUCGGCUGCUCCCCGGGAGCGCUCGGCUCGUUGCUGCCCUGCCGCUGGCCCGGCCCCGCCGCCGGGGAGGCUGAGGCGCUCCGGGCUCAUCCGCCGGGCUCGCUCCGUGCUGCUCGGGCUCGCCCUGGCCGGCUCUGCACAGCGCAGGAUGGACGCUCGCCUUUCCAGUUUCUUCCGCCUUGCCUAAGCUGAAGGUAUGUACCACUCCUGGUGUGGUUUAUAAACCCAGCUUCUGAAAAGGAGGGUCCUGUGGCUCAGCAAGUGGCCCUAGCAGGGGGGGUAUCCCUGGGGUGCACAUCCAAGGGAGAAGACACUUGCAGAGGCAGCGAAGGGAUGCAAAGUUGUCUUCCAAGAUGACUCUUAUGCCUGGAGAAAAUUCCGACUAUGACUAUAGCGCCCUGAGCUGUACCUCAGAUGCUUCCUUCAACCACACGUUCUUUCCAGAAUCUGAAACCCUCAAGGGAGUGUUUUACCAAAGAGCCAGGCUCAUCCACCCUCAGGAGGAUCUCCUCAAAGGCUUCCAGCCCGACGACCGCAAGCGCCACAUCAUCAUCAACGUGGGGGGCAUCAAGUACCUGCUGCCCUGGACCACGCUGGACGAGUUCCCCCUGACACGCCUGGGGCAGCUCAAGUUCUGCACCAACUUUGACGACAUUCUGAACAUCUGUGACGAUUAUGACGUGACCUGCAAUGAAUUCUUCUUCGACCGCAACCCGGGGGCGUUCAGGACAAUCCUGACCUUCCUGAGGGUCGGCAAACUGCGGCUCCUGCGGGAGAUGUGCGCCCUGUCCUUCCAGGAGGAGCUGCUCUACUGGGGCAUUGAGGAAGACAACUUGGACUGGUGUUGUAAAAGGAGAUACCUGCAAAAAAUGGAGGAGCUCACAGAGAUUAAUGAGCGGGAGGAUGACCUCCUAGAAAAUGAAACAACAGGUGAAACAGUAGAGGAGACAAAAAUUGGUUUGUGCAUGAAAAAGUUGCAAGACAUGGUGGAAAGGCCCCAGUCUGGCCUUCCUGGAAAGGUGUUUGCGUGUUUGUCUGUUUUGUUUGUAACUAUUACAGCAGUGAACUUAUCCAUCAGCACCAUGCCUGACCUGAGGGAGGAGGAGGAAAAGGGUGAGUGUUCCCAGAUGUGCUACAAUAUUUUCAUUGUGGAGUCCGUGUGCGUGGCCUGGUUCUCCCUGGAGUUCCUGCUCAGGUUCAUCCAGGCCAAGAGCAAGUUCUCGUUCCUGCGGCGGCCGCUGACGCUGAUCGACAUGGUCGCCAUCCUGCCCUACUACAUCACGCUGCUGGUGGACACGGGCUCCGAGGGCUCCAGGAAGCCCAGCUCGGGCAACAUCUACCUGGACAAGGUGGGGCUGGUGCUGCGGAUCCUGCGGGCGCUGCGCAUCCUGUACGUGAUGCGGCUGGCGCGGCACUCGCUGGGGCUGCAGACGCUGGGGCUGACGGCGCGGCGCUGCACGCGCGAGUUCGGCCUGCUGCUGCUCUUCCUCUGCGUGGCCAUCGCGCUCUUCGCGCCCCUGCUCUACGUGGUGGAGAACGAGAUGGCCGACUCGCAGGAGUUCACCAGCAUCCCCGCCUGCUACUGGUGGGCCGUCAUCACCAUGACCACCGUGGGCUACGGGGACAUGGUGCCCAGGAGCAUCCCCGGGCAGGUGGUGGCCCUGAGCAGCAUCCUGAGCGGAAUCCUCCUCAUGGCCUUCCCGGUCACCUCCAUCUUCCACACCUUCUCCCGCUCCUACCUGGAGCUGAAGCAGGAGCAGGAGAGGAUCAUGUACAGGAGAGCGCAGUUCCUGCUGAAAGCCAAGUCUCAGAUGAGCAACGAGUCACAGGGCAGCGAGGUUUUGUUCACCACUCUCUCUUCCGAGGCUAGGGACAAUGAAUGAAGUUUAUGUUGCUGUUUCUCUUGCUGUCAUUGGAUCAGAUUCCAUCUUUUAAUUUACCUAACGAAGGUAAAUCCUUAUAUUAAAACCAAGAGAAGGAGCCCUAGGCAGGAUAUGGUUUAAGAAGUCUGUUAUUAUGCUGUUCCUUCCUCCCCCCAUAUAACAUAUAGGUCAGAACUUUCACUGAGAUCAUGCAGUGGAUUUAAGGAAUUAAAACUUCUCUGGCAAGAACAAAAAAAAAAAGAGAAACAUAUAAUUAUGUACUUGACAGGCUGUUUUGCCAUUUGUAAUACACAUUUUUCCAACCGAAUCACAAUGUACAUAAUCAUUAAACAGGCCACCAUUUUUCUUGUUCUUCUUGUAUAUAAAUAAUGUAAAUACAUCAGAAUUAACGGCUAAACUCCCUCCCAGUAAUACGUCUUAGAGCGUAAUGGAAAUAACCACAGAUGUUUGUCCCAUUGUGCUUUUAAAAAACGUCAAGUAAGAUUCUCCACUCGCCACAGAACCAGCUCCUUCUUUGCAAGCCAGCCCUAACCACAGCAGAGCAGAAGAAUCGAGCUGUUUAUGGCAUAACCUUGCUAAAAUGUUAAUACUCAGAGCUCACCAGCUUCAAAAUUGAAUUGAUGUUAUAGCAUUGAUCCGAUGCCAUCGAAUGCAACAUUCCAAGGAACAAAGCCUUGGAGUUUUGUAGCACUUAAUGUUAUUACCAAGAGGUGACUAGCUGCAAAUCCAGUGAAAUAUGCAUGAGGAGAUGCCAGCCUUCCCCACCAUCUGUUCCCACUUCACUGUCCCUCAGCUCUGCAAGGGAACUGGGCAAACUGGGGCCACCCCUUCCCACGGAGCUCUCGGCUCUGUGGCACGAGCAGGAAAUCUGUGCCCGUGGGAAGCUGCCAGGAGGGAAAAAGAAAAUGUGAUUUGAGUGAUGGAGGGGUGCCCUGAGAGCUUUGUGCUUCACUGUCCAUCAGGAGGGACUCAGGACAGGGUUAACUUCACUCUGUGGUGGUAAUGGGGAAGGUUUGGAAUAGGACAGGAAAAAGCAAUGAACCUAAAGCACAACCAGGCAUUGUUCAUCUUGGGCCAGCUCUGUGCUGAGGUCAGGGGGAGCACAGGGGAUAUUUGGGUUUGGCACAGGUUUCUCUGCAGGUUCAGGACAGACCCUGUUUAUUUUAGAGGGAGUCACCCUGACUUGCAGAACAGCUCAGGAGAAAAACUCCAGAACUUAAAAAAUAAUUAAAUCCACUUGUUUGAUUUCAUGUGUGCUUAGAGGUAAAGAAAAGCUGAUUUAAAGAGUUUCACCUAUUUUCCACUCUUUUUUACUUAAAUUACUUACUAGCAGUUAAGAGCUUGGGAAAUUUAGAAGUCCCCGUCACACUGACCAAUGAUUCUUUUGUUUUAAUUUUCAGAAGUACUAUUUCUUAUUGGCAUUUCUAGAGCAGGUUGUGAGAAAUGUCAGAAUGCACAAUGGUUUUAUGGUUUAAAUGAAGGCCAAGGACACAACAUUGUCCUUCCAAAAAAAGUAAAAUCAGUUUCUCAGUCUGUGCUGUUUGGCCAAGCCCACAGCAUGCUGAUUUUCUGUUCAAAUGUCUUUAAAAUACAAUUUGAAGCUGUUCUAAUGUGCUUGUUCCUGAAGGAAAAUUCCAAAACUUUUUAAAAUGCACUUUGCAAAUAAUUAGGGCUCUAGCAUUCUCCAGCCUGUGGUAGGGAAAUAUGCCUAUGGAACAUUACUGCAAAGUGCUAAAAUAUCCAGUCUAAACUCUUGGCAAUUAAUCCUGUGCAAAGCUGCAAACGAACCAGCUUCUCACUCUUGUUCUUCAUCUUUAAUUAGAGUUGGACAAAAAACAGGAACAUCGUGACAAAAAAUUCUUCUCCCCAUUUUUUUUUAAAUUUCAAAACUGUUUGAUCAUCUGGAGCAUUGGCUCCAGAACAAGUGCUAUGCAUCUUCUACCUUUGUGUCAGCGUUCGUUAUAAAAAGAACUGGUAAUUAGAUUAGUCCUGUGAGCAACAGUUGCUUAUCUAAGAAUGUGUUUGACAGGCUGAGCCAUAAAUGAGGAGCUGUAUGUGAAUAUAAGGAGAAAUCAAGAUUACCAAAUAAAACCUAAGCUCAUUUCCAUGUUCUGCUAGCUAAUAAAUGCUGUGGGGCCAUCCAUUUUCUCAUUGUCUUUACAUUAAUGCUCAUUUAUCUCAUGUGUCAAUUUUUUUUUAAUCCCACAACUAGAGCUUGAUUCUAAAGCCCUUGUCCAAUGAAAAUAAAAUAAAAAUAUCACCCUGGAGUUGGGUGUUGGUUGAGCAAAACUGUGAAAGCAUCUUGCCUGCUGUGAGUUGUGCCAGGGCAGGGACAGGGAAGGUGCUGGGGAUGUCCCCAGCCUGUGUCACACUGAACUUGGCAGCAGAGCUUGUACCCAGCUCAGCACCUGGGACUGCAUGGCAGGAGCCCACCUGCUGUGCUGCACAGGGCAAGGCUUGCUGUAGUCCUUGUGCUAAAUAAAUCCAGCUCAGAGGCUCCAGAGUGAAGCCCACCUGCUGUGUCCCAGCUCUCAGGUGAUCACUCUAUUAUUUGGAUUUUUAGUCAAAUCCAUGGGGAUUAUGGCUUGGCUCAAAAGCUGGCUGUUUCCUGUGACACAGCUGAGAGCUGUCACUCCUUGUUGGCUCUUCCAGCAAGUGCAGUCACCAGGACAGCUCCAACCCAAGCACUGGGAGCUCUGCUGCAGCCAGCAGGGCAGGGAGCUGCCCCAAGCAGAGUGUCUGGCACUGCUCUGACUCCUGCCCUGGCUGCUCUGGAGCCCCACAGCAGGAGCUCUGUUCCUUGGAUUCACACCGUGAUGGGUUCUCCUGCGUGUGCCUGUGCUCCUCCAGGAGCAGAAGGGUGAGGGUGGCACAGGGAGGGGGGCUCAGCUCUGAGCAGGGCCAGGCUGUGCCAGAAAGCACCAGCAAAGGAAAUUAUCCCCCUGCAGGAAAAUCCAGGUAAAGGAUUGUGUAGGGACACCUCUUCCUUGAAGGUUGUCUCAAGAAUCACAAUCACAGCUCCUUGGGACAGAACUUUAAAAUAUUUUAACAAAGAUUCUGUCCAAUUCAGAGGAGAACAGGAAGGAUCCAUAAAACCUGAGGAAGAAAAGUCCCUGUUGAAAGCAGAAUUUCCAGGUAAGAUGGUACAUGAAAUUCCUUUCUCCAAAAUCCUUCCCUUUCCAGCCUCCUCCUCCCUCAAAGCCCUUGGUGGGUGCAACACAGAAAUGAAGGCAGAGCCAUGUGGCUUCUCUAACAGCACAUCAGAGAAGGUGAGCUGAAACCAUUCAUAUUUUUUAAUUUGGUCAAGGUCUUAAGAAAUUCUCUGUAGGGAAUAUUUAGAGCUUGUCUCCUUUUGACCCUUUACAAUGUUCCUACUGUAAUUGAGCACCCCAGAUCUCCACACUCAGAGGCUUUAACAAUGUCUAAUUAAACAAAAAGCUCAUGCAGGGCUGAAUCACAGAUUCCCACAUUGUCAGAAGCACGUCUGGGAAGGAAACCUGGUGUGCUCCACACACUCCUGACUCGUGUGGGCAGAGAUUCAGCCUGAUGCAAAGCAGCAUUGUUUGCUGCAGUUUCACACCUCUCUUUUGGGUUUGCAACAGGCUGGAAAUGGAGUAGAUAAUUCUAAACUACAUAGAGUGAAUUGGCUAAUUGAAUAAGAAAUUAAAGAAUAAAAGAAGAGUCAAAUCUGACUUUGAAGACCAUGACAUCAAUCCCUGCUCACAUGAACCCCUGCCCUGAGCAGCUGGCUCUGGCUGGGGUGUCAGAGAUUUCAUUUUCACAGUCAUUACUCACCAUUUACUACCAGGAGUAGGUACAAUACUGCAUGGCCCAUUUCUUCUGUGUUAAUAGUUCUGUUGGCUACCUCAUGCAAGAUUUGAUUUAAUAUCUAUUUAUCCAGAGUAUCUAUUUAGUGGAUUUAGUAU